CCCAGUCGAGAAUUUCUCAAAUCCUCCUCCUCCUUCUUCUUCGUCACUAUCAUUCUGUUCCUACGCAAUUCGUGGCCAUGCCUUCUAACAACAAGUCCUUGCCAUCGGUGGCAUCAAAUUCAAGCCCUAGAAGAAGUUCAGAAAUCAGCAACCCUAUCAGGAAGAGUUUUACCGGAAACCCAUUCUCUAAGCCCUCCCUAGUCGCAAACCCUACUAGUUCUAGAUCCGUUUUCCCCAACACUCCCGCCAACAGUCCUUCAGAUUUUCAGGUAAGGAACAGUGUUGCGGGCAGAGAAAGUGGGGGGUCUUUGCGGUACGUUGAUGACAAAGAAAAUGGGAAAGAUCAGACAUUGAAGCCCGGGAAGGUUCGAUCACCAGCUGCUUGCUUGAAGGGCUCAAAGAAUUUCAUGUCUCCGACCAUCUCUGCUUCCUGCAAGAUUAUUGAAUCUCCGAGGAAAAAAGUGCUGAUUGAGAGGAAUGGGCCAGUUCCAGAUUCUGUUCCAUCUGCAGAGGCCAAAAACAACGUUCGCAAGGUAACUUUUGCAGAACCCUUGGAAUGUGGUGGCUUGCAAUCAGACCACCUUGAAAACUUGAAUCUAUAUUUGAUGGGUGAUGAAAGUGAAACUGUCCGUGAUAUCAGUGUUCCUUUGGUUCCAAAUAAUGACACUGAUGUGUCAUUUGAGGCUGAACAUGAUCUGAAUGUUCCUUUGGUUCUAGAGGAUGAUAACAUUGAGACAGAACCUUCAUUUGAAACUGUUUCCCUCGAUCAUGAUUGUGUUAACCUUGACCCAACUUUCAAGCUUAGUCCUACCCCACCUCCAGCUUCAUCCACAGCUACCAUCUUAGCUCCUCUUGAUGCCGAUCCCUUGAUGCCACCUUACGAUCCUAAAACAAACUAUCUCUCCCCUAGACCGCAGUUUCUUCAUUACAAACCUAGACCAAGGACGGAACUUUGCAGUGAGAGUAUCAUAUCUGGUAGCUUCUCUGAUACAGAAGUUACAGAGGAUUCUCAGUCCGAAGGUUCACAGAAGGAAGCAGAGGAGGUCUCUUCGGAUGAGGCAGUUAUGGAGGAAGAAAGCCAAAGUUCUGAUGAACCAAGUCCUGCUGAGGGAACCAUUGAAGCCAACCCUAAGCGCCGCUUCUCUAUGAAAUCAUUGGCUUUUAGUCUGAUUAUUCUCCUCUCAUUUGCUGUUCUCUCCAUCUCAGUCAUCAAUUCUCCGGUGGUUCAUCAUACAGUGUUUGAAGACAUGUAUGAGGCUUAUGAAGCGUCUCAACUUUCAGAUUUUGCAAGGGCCAACUUUGAUCAAUUCACCCAGUUUGCAAAAGCAAAAUUCGAUUGGUUAGCUCAGAAUCUCCAUAUCCGGUUUAUUAAGUCCUUAACAUCAAUAUCUGAGCUGAUAUCCAAAGUUAGAGGACUACAAAUUCAUAGUUUGGCCCAGUUGCAAUACUACAACUUGACCGUUGUGCCGGAUCAUGUUGUGGUUAAUCAGUACCAUGUAUUUCGUAGGGGCAAAAAUGAAGUUGUUGAUGCCGAAAUCCAAUCAACAGUACUUCACAUUCAAGAAAGUGAAGUCAUCUCAGACAUUGAUGCUGAUGAUGAGGAUGAUAGUGAAGAUAUUUCAGAAGAGCAUUAUGAAAUAUAUGAAGAACAAGUUCAGCAAGAAUUGGGAGUAAUUACUGAAGCUGAAAGUGCUUUAGAUGCUCCACAACCAGAGCAGUCUUUGCAACUUACUGAAGCGGGAAAUUCAGAUGCAAAGCAAGAACAAGAAGGCAACGUUUAUUUCAAUGUUGAAGGUGUUUCAGAAUUGGAUGAAGUACUUAAGGGCCAAGCAGGAAUUAUACCAGAGAAGGCUUUGCAAUUGGCUGAAGCAGAAAUUUCAGAAGCAAUGCAUGCACAAGAAGAGGAUGCUCACUUCUUCAAUGUUGAAUCUGAUAUCCAUAUUGAUGUGAAGCAGACACUAGGAGAUGUGAAGCAGACACUAGGAGAAGGUCUAGAGAAUUUGCCUAGUUUAGGCUCAGAAGUUGAAAAAAUUCAUGCUGAAGUCUAUGAUGAAGAAGCAGAGGGAAAUUAUGCAACAGUAGAUGCUGCAAUCACCAGGAAUGAAAAGAGAUCUGAAACAACUGACAUAACUCCACGUAUGAUGCUAUAUUUGCUGCUCUGUGGAGGUGCACUUAUAAUUGCUCUUGUAUCUUUCAACUUUUCAAGGAAAUGUAAAAUCGGAAGCAAAAGGGUCACCAGCUCUGUGGAGCAACCUUUGAUUGGUAAGGAGUUGCAUGCCAACAACUCAUUGCAAACUCUGAACAAAAAGCAAAUUUCUCCAGAGAAGUCAUCUCUCAGGAAUGGACCCACAGAAAUGGACGUGCUUGAACUUGAAGAGCAUUGCCCUUCAGAAAUGAGCAGCUUUCAGCAGGGUUUCAUCCCAAGGUGAAAUAGCGUAGAGAAGAAGAGCAAGAAGCACUAUAGGAGAGAAUCUUGGGCCUCUUCAGACUAUUCCAUGGGUUCGACAUCAUCCUAUGGAAGCUUAACAGUGUACGAGAAAAUUCCAAGCAAGCAGGGAGAUGGGGAUGUGGGAAUAGUAACUCCUGUUAGGCGUUCAAGUAGGAUCAGAAAUCUUGCUACUUCUCCUUCAUGA